CAGACUCCCCACGGAGCAGGGAGCCCGACGCGGGGCUCGAUCCCAGGACCCCGGACCACGACCUGAGCCGAAGGCAGACGCUCAACGACUGAGCCCCCCGGGCGCCCCAUCGAUGGCGUGUUGUGAAGUUCCAGUCAUCGUCCUUUUCAUCAGAUCCAGAAGGUGCACCGUGUGGUGGCAUCUCUUGAUCACACCCACUUUGCAGAAGAGAAAAACGGGGCUGCAGUGGGGCCCAAAUGCUCCUCAAGGUCACCUAGUGACUCUUGAGGAAGGGAAUCAUCAUUUUGGGUAAACGCAGUGAGUCCAGAACUGGACAGUGCCCAACGGCAUUCACUGACAGCUCUUCGGCAAGUUUCCUCUUGGAACCUACCCUGGGGUUUAGCUUUCAAACCAGAGGGUCAUCAGAGCCAGGAAAAAGUUUCAGUCACCCGUGGUCCACCGUGGUCCAGAAGCAGAUGGUCUCCAUUCUGACCUAUUGUCAGAAGGUCAGCAGUAGCCCAACGCGACGUCACACGCCUGUGCCACCCACCUCACCUCAUCUCAUCACGUGGGCAUUUUAUCAUCUCCCAUCAUCACAAGAAGGAUGGCUUACAUGAAGAUGCACUUGAUGUACAUUUCCCUGGUGGUCCUGGGAGCCCUCUGUUUGUAUUUUAGCAUCUACAGCCUGACUCCUUUUAAAGAUGAGCCAUUUGUUUUCAAGAAAGAAAGGGGGAACUUCCUUCAGCUUCCAGAUAUCAACUGCAGGCAGGACCCCCCCUUCCUUGUCCUGCUGGUGACCUCCUCCCACGAGCAGAUGUUUGCUCGCACGGUCAUCCGGAACACGUGGGGGAAGGAAAAGAAUGUGCAUGGAAGACUCAUAAAAACCUUCUUCCUUCUGGGAGCCACAUCCAGUAAGGACCUGUCGAAAGUGGUGGUGCAGGAAAGCCGGCGGCAUCAUGACAUCAUCCAGAAGGACUUCAUGGAUGCCUACUUCAACUUGACCCUGAAGACCAUGAUGGGUAUCGAGUGGAUCCACCGCUUCUGUCCUCAGGCGGCUUUCGUGAUGAAAACGGACUCGGACAUGUUUGUCAACAUCUACUACCUGACCGAGCUGCUCCUCAAGAAAAACAGAACCACUCGGUUUUUUACCGGCUUCUUAAAACUGAACGAAUUUCCGAUUAGGGACAAGCACAACAAGUGGUUUGUCAGCAAAUACGAAUAUCCGUGGGAGAAGUACCCGCCCUUUUGCUCGGGCACUGGCUACGUGUUUUCCAGUGAUGUGGCAAGUCAGGUGUACGAUGUGUCCGACAGCGUCCCGUUCAUUAAGCUCGAAGACGUCUUCGUGGGGCUCUGUCUGGCAAAACUGAAAAUCAGGCUGGAGGAACUCCACUCUGAGCAGACCUUUUUCCCAAACGGGUUGGCAUUUUCCACGUGUCGUUUUAGGAAGAUCGUGGCCUGCCAUUUCGUCAAGCCUCGCAACAUGCUGAGCUAUUGGCAGGCUCUGGAGAAUUCUCUGGAAGAGGAGUGUCCAGCUGUCUGAGCGAGCCCGGGGGCCCAUGCGGACACACUUGAGACAACCCACAGUGAUAGCUUUGGAAGCUCUUCGGGUGGCAUUGCUGAGGGUCAUCGUGGGGCAGGGAGGGAGUGAGGAGGGAGGAGGAAGAGGCAGGCAAGGGUGCUGUCUUCUAGUGCUGCUUGUGUAGCUGAGUUUAUAAGCCUGAGUGAGACUGCUGGGUGCCCAAGCGAUAACAGAGGCCAUCCCUUGGGUCCUACACGACUGCGCUAAGUGUCUGACGCACGCCUCCAUUUUCCCAUGUCCAGGAUCAGUGUCUCCGUGCAGCGGUGUGUGGCAACAUCCCCAUCUUACACACCAGGCAACCGCAGCUUACAGAAACCCAGCGCCUUGUCCCAAGGCUCCCAGCCAACAAACCCUGGGGCAGGGGUGGAAAUCCAGCCCUGUGAGAACCCAGGUGCAGCCGCCGGCUUGGCCUGCUCCUCCGUCCUGCCUCCCUUGGCGGGGAGUGGAGGCCAGGGGGACUCGGAGGCAAGCCUGGUGGUGGCAUCCUUCAGCCCCUUUCAGGAGUCCCUUCCACUUCAAGUCCCAGUCCUUGAGCUUUUAGGGCUGUCCCUGGGCUGAAGCAGCACGCCCCCAGCGCCCUCAUUCACUGCAGUGGAUUGAGCGGGGACACCGAGUCCCUGUGAGCAGCUCGGCGUUCAGCUCACAGCAGAGCAAGCACAUCCCCGGCCGUCGCCCCUGAGAAAUGGCCUUCUCUAGACAGAAGACCGUGUUUACAGAUUCGGCUUCGAAACAACUGCAAAGACUGGCCUGUCGAGCGGACCUCUUGGCCACGCUGCCAGGAUCCCCAAGGGCACGGCAUGAGCUCCCUGAAAUGAGCUUUGGUCAAGAGAGGCUGUCUUCCUGUGCUUGCUUCCCACGCCUGGCCCAGGCUCAUCUUCUUGGAAUUUCUCAGACGGCCAGGGAACAACUGAGUUUGUGGAGUGGACAUUAACCUUCCAUUUCCUUCCGCUUGGAGGUUUGUAGGAGCCUGUUCUGCAGGCUGCGGAGGCGAGGCCCUGCUUGGCAGGGGUCUUCACCUGUUCAGCGGCUAUGGGAUUACAUGCUAAGCCACCCUGCUCCUGGUCGUAGGAAUGGUUCGUACUUGUUUUUUACUUUACCUGACGUGACUUUACCAGCACUCAAAGUGAAGGCCUCACACGGCUGGGUAACCCACAGAAGCCGGACCACGCUCCUACCCGAGCCCAGGAGGAGGUAUUUGCUGCAAAAUGGCUGUGGCAGCAUUAACCUGAACAGCGUUUCUCCUAUCCGCUGCUUCUCUGCAGACGUGUUUCCUUAUCCUGGCUGCUCUGCACAUGCUGGGCCAUGUUCAGGAAACCUUCCUUCCCAGGCGGGACAGUCAGGGACUGAGCUUACUGUUUGAAGCCCAGAUUUUGUCGGAGCCUUGGUCCUGCAGGAGGGCUGUCCCCAAUUCGGAAGAUAACGGUGGGUGGGGGCUGUUGAGGGUGAAGGAGCUCCUCCAGCAGCAGGGCUGGGUCUGUGCCUACUUGUCCACCCUGGGUGGGGUGUGUGUCCCUGUAGCCGCUGUUAUCCGAGCCGGGGUCUUGGGCCCAACAACGAUAGAAGUGAGGUGGGACCCAACAGUCAAAGGCACAGGCAGCACUGUAUUGGAGAAAGCUCCUACUUUCUCCAGUGUUCCCACUCCUGUCCCUUAUGCUACUAAGGGAUGGAAAAGUGCCUUGUCCUGAUUGGCUGAUGUUGGCAGGCAACCCAGCAGCUCUUUGGUGUUUUUGGAGCCACGGUCUUCCAGGAUGGCGGAGACUCCUUUUGUCUCCUGCCUCAACAGGACAUGGCCCUGGCUGUUGUUUGAAGUCCGGCCGGUGUGGGGUCGGACCCUGGUUCUGCUCUGUGAGAAGAUCAGUUCAGGAAGAACAGCUGACCGGAAGUGCCCCAGGUGCAUAGUAUUUUUCAUUUGGGGCUUCUUCCUGUGGUCCCUGACUGUCUCAUGGCCCUCGGAGAGAUUUCAUCCACCUGAUGUUUACAGAGGAACGUGGAUGGAGGUCUCAUCUCCCGUGUCUGUUAUCCUGCUUAUCAAGGGUGUAGACGCUGCCUCUCGUUGGAGGUCAUGGCAAUGUCCCGCUCUCUGCUUUAAUCCUGACAUGAGAACAUGGUCCCCGGUAGGUGUGGGCUGAAUCCCCGUGCGAGCAUCAGCUGGAUAUGGGACUGUUGGAGUUUAGGGGACAUGAAUUUGACAAGUAAAUUAAAGAAGCAUGGCCCAAAUAGAAACAGCAUUAAAAUGGUCACUAAGGGCGCGAGGAAAGGCAAGAACCAGGGAACACUUGGCAGGUACCCCUUAACGGAGUCCCAGAUGGUUUGAGCGUGGGGGCCUUAAAAUUAUGGAGCCAGGAGGCCUGUUGGGGGAUGAUGUCAUCCCUUUGUUCUACCUCUCCAGAAACAUGAAUGUGGAAUCAACAAGAUGGAUUUGCAAUAGCAUAUACUCGCCCUGGGUCAGCCUGUAGAUAGUCUAAGGCUAAUUGGUGAUCUAAAACCAUGGAAGCCAGAGUCUAAUAAUCUUAGAUAAGCUUAAACUGUCCGGUUUCAGCCACCACUGUGGACACAGUGGCUUCUGUGUGGCAGCGUUGUACGUUAUUCCCCGGCUGGUCCCAUCACGGAUUCCACUCAGGUGACUCUGAGCACUCAGCUGUCCUCCGGCUCCCCUGGACCUCCGUGGUGGUGAUAGCUGAGUGUUAGAUGGGUUAUCGAGGAACAUUUGAAUAUUUUCAGGGGAUGGUGCAGCAUGUCCCACAGUUGCCACUAGUCCUAUUGGUAUCAAGACAUUGAACUGGUGUCCCCCUUCCCAUCUGACAUUCUUAGGAAGACCAUUCCUUCAGCUAGACCCAGGAGCCCUGGGGAGGGGGCUGGGCACUGAGGGGGUGAGCGGUUGUGGGGCAUCCACAGGGAGUGUUUGUCAUCAUCCAGGUCUCCAUCAUCAGCGGUGCCAUAUACUUGUGGCCCUGUGUGGCAGUCUGGGGAACUUGACACCAAGGCCAUAUCUCCUAGAUCAUAUGCCAUGUUUGAGUUGUGGGGGGUGGGUAUUGCUGCAUAUAAAGGGGGGCAGAGCUGGGAGGUGGGGUUUGCUGCACCUUUGGGUGGGCAGCUGCACAAAAUGGUACUAAGUAUGCGGGCUCAUUGGGCAGUCAGAUUACAGGUGGAGGGCCCACAAAGAUCACAGGAGGGGUCAUGUAGUAUACCAGUGAUGGCCGGUCGACGGGAACAUGUUGUUGUAAUCGGGUCAGUGGGUGGUGGGUGGAUGCGGAGGACUGGCUUUGUGUGAGGUUUAUUGGCUCUGUAAAUGGGGUGGGCCUGGCCCUGGGACCACUCUGCAAGCUUGCCUCACGGAACAUCCUUAUGUGCUUCUCCAUGAACUUGCUCAUGACAUACCCAGCGGUCUGAUGAAGUUUCUAGUGCAGUCUGAGACAAUGUUUUUAGUAAUUUGGAGCAAAGACUUUUCUUCCCCCUUCCCCACAUUUUGCUUACGCCCUAUUAUGAUCAGGGAAGACGUAAGCACCAGGACAAGAAGGGGUAUGGUUACUUUUAUUUUUUUCUUCACCUAGCAAGGACAAACGAGGUGUGAAAGGACAAGAGAAGAGACCCAGAGCCACCCCAGGAAAUGUUAGACCAAACCGGACCCCUAACCCAGCAGGGGCAAACGAGGUGUUUUCCAGGGCGUGGCGCUGCUUGAAGCAGCAAGCCUAUGGGAGACACAGAUGCGAGAAAAGAAGGUGAUGGGGACGAUGGUCCACCACAUUCCUUACCUGUUUGCAGUGAUGGCUUUUUUUUUAAAGAUUUAUUUAUUUGAGAGAAAGAGAGAGAGAGAGAGCAAGCAGGCAGAUGAACACGGGUGACAGAGGGAGAGAGAGAGAGAGAGAAUCCCAAGCGGACUUUGCACGGAGCACGGAACCCUAUGCCAGGCUCCAUCUCACGACCCUGAGAUCAUGACCUGAGCUGAAAUCAAGAGUUGGACGCUCAACCGACUGUACGACGCAGGCGCCCAAUGACUGUCUUUUGAAUUUCAGAGCUUCAGGUGGUUCACAAGUGUAGGUGUGGUUGGCCGGUGGGUCCUGGAGAAGUCCGGGGUGGCGGGGGAGGGCAAGUUUAAUCUUGAUGAGAUGGACCCAGCUGGGAACUCCUUCCAGCCCUAUGGCGGUGGGAGUGGCCAGAAAUCCCCGGUAGGGUCCUUUCCAUUUGGGUUGGAGUCGGUCCCUUGGUGAUCCCUCUCCUUGUCAUAAGUGCCGCUUAUUCCCCAGGCCCGGCCUUUGGAAGGACAGAGGGAUCCGGGUGGGGUGUGGCGGGAUUUUAUUGCCACUUUGCUCUAGGGCCUGUUACGUCUUGCUUCGGUUCUCCUGGCGGCGAACGAUGCCCUGCCGUCGCUCUGAAGGGACUCGGGCAGCCCCAGAUCUUGGAAUGAUUUCUUUUAAAAGACAUUUGCACACCUCAGCAGCCUCUUCUGUCCUCGAACAGAAAACCUCUAUCCAACUGGCAAACACAUUUCCAGACCCAAGAAGAUACUGACAACCAGCCUUUGGAGGCAUCUGAGUAAAAUCAGUGCCCGAGCCCUCAGGGCCUGCCUGUCGGGCUCCAGCUGUGUUCCGGACACCACCUUGCCUGACCGCGAGGGGAAGAAGCUCUGCGACAGCAGGAACUGGGAGGCAAAGCGAUGCUCUUCUCAUGACAACCAACGUUAGUUCUGCCCUGGGACCUGCAGGAGCCAGGCUGGUUGGUGGCUUCACCCUUGGGUGUCCAGGGGGGAAUGACUGAUGGUGAACCCUGUUUCCUGGGUGCUGAGAUGAGCACGCUACAUGCUUUACAUCCUUAAAUGCUCGAAGCAGCUCUACGGGGAGGGGCUGCCCGCCAUGGCCCCGCUUUGCAGGUGAGGAAGCCCAGGUGGCGAGAGGGAAGGAUUAACUCGCUCAAGGUUGCCGGCACAGCUGAGAAGUUGCAUGUUUAGGGGGCGACCCCCCUGGGUGGGCCUCCCAGGUUGUCAGCAGGUCGCCUGUCCAUGUUCAGUGGGGUGCAGGAGCUCGUUGCAUCGGGGGCUCAGGCUGCACCUCCUGCAUGCCCUCUGUGCCCCUCCACAUGCCCACCCACCAGCGUCUGAACCCCAGUUCCCAGCCCUGUGCACUGGGACUAGGCUCCGUGGUGCCAGCCCCUCUGCUUUUCCACUUGAUUCCUGCUCUUCCCACCUGGUGGAGCGCAGGACUCCUGCACAGGGCACUUCAGCCCCACAAGGGAGCUCUACGUGUUGUUGUCUUAAAUUUCUCCCCUCCUGUUCUUUCCGAGUGCCCUCCUGUCAGACCUUGCUGCCUCCUCCGCCAGCUGGUUCUUAUCAAGCUCUCUGAGGACCCCCAUUGCUGGUCUGGGCUGGUUCUCGGUCCUUAUCUUGCCUGGCCGCGUGGCUGGUCUCGCUGGCUUCAGGCCCAGCUCUGUCCCCAGCUUCCAGGACGCUUGGUGCUCUCUGUUCUCCUCCUCCCACCUGCUGCCGCUCCUUUUCCGUCUCCUUUGCUUGGGGCUCUACCUUCGGAUUGUAUCCAGAGGCCAACCUCUUCCCAACACCUCACUGCUGCCGCCUGCCCAAGCCCUUGCCCCUGCACCUGUGUUCCUCUUCCUGUGCCCGCUGUCUCCAUUCCCACCUCUGCACCCCUUGGGUCUAUUCCCAAAACAGCUUCCAGAGCGCUCCCCAAAGAUAGAGGCCAAAGCAUCUCACUUGUCUUCUCAGAGCUCCCCGGUGGCUCCCCAUCUCUGAGGAAAAGCCACAUCUUUAGUAUCAUUAUCUGUUUCUAUUCCUUAAACUGGUCCCUUCAUGCUGUCCCCUUCCUGCCACUCUCGCCUCCUUGAACAGCACUACCUUUCCAGCCACACUGGCCUCCUUGCCUUCCCGGAACAGCCCAGACACACUUCACCAACCGCAGGGCCUUUGCACUGGCUGUUCCCUUUGCCAGGAUUACUCUUUCCCCAGAGAGUCUCAUGGCUCACUCCUUUGCCUCCUUCAAGCCUUUGGUCAGAUAUCACCUUCUUGGUGAGGCUUACCUUGCCCCAUCCCACGGCCCCUUACCUUGUGCUAUUUUUCCCACUGCACUUACCAAUUUCUACCAAAGUAUAUAACAUCGAUUUAUUAUAAUAUAUUUCAUUUAUUGUUUUAUUUCAACCCACUUUAAUGAGAGCUCUGUGCAGGCAUGGAUUUUUGUUUCCUUCAUUGAUGCACCUUAAAUCUUUUUUUGUUUUUUAAUUAAUUAGGCUCCCUACCUAACAUGGAGCCUAACAUAGGGCUUGAACUCAUGACCCAGAGAUCAAGACCUGAGCUGAGAUCAAGCAUCAGAUGCUUAACUGACUGAGCCAUCCAGGCGCCCCAGAUGCACCUUAAAUUUUUAGCACAGCUCCUGGCACAUGGUAGAUGCUCAACAAAUAUUUGUUGCAUGGAACUGAAAUGGUCUUUAUGGGAGACGGUUUUAGAGGGGAAUCAGAGAGCCUAGGCUGAAAGGGGGAGGAUUCUAGAACAGAGCCAACAGCAUGGCUCCCCCCGAAUCAGUAAAUGAGGAGUGAGCUUUUACUGCAAACCAUGACCUGAAAAUCUAGAAGGGCUUUACAGAAGUGCUUCUUGACCUCAUGCCCCCUCUCGGUAGUAGAGAGCCUCAGACCCUGGGAAGUAGGUGGGACCCUAUAAUGCACUCUGUGUGCCUGCUCUCCUGCCCUCCAGCCUCCACACACAAACCUUGUCUCACCCGACACCCCCUUGACACCUCCCUUCCAUCUCUUUUGAUAAUUAUAGAAAUCUAUCUCUUUUCCUCAGCUGUGUCCAACUUUUAUUUAUUUUUAUUUUUUAAAAGAUUUUAUUUAUUUGAGAGAGAGAGUGUGUGCGUGGGGGAGGGGCAGA